UUAAUAUUAGAAAUUAUCCAAUGCAAACUAACUAAAUUAGUCUGUAUAUUUUUGUUUUGGUUCGAAAUUUUUACCACAUGUAUAACAACAAGACUUUCCAAUUCAACUCUGGUCAAAAAAUUAAUAUAAACUUGCUAAUUAAUAAACCAACACGUGCUUCUUGUUGAAACCGCUAAAAACAUUAUAGCAUUUUUGAAACUGCGUUAUAGCAAUUUUCUUUGAAUAAUAAAUUUAAAAAAAGAUUAUACACCAACAAACAUAAACCCGGCAAAAAGUGCCCAGCGAGCGCAAAGGUAUGUUCAAAGUUAUUCGACAAAUUAAGAACAAUGUAAGCCUAAUUUAUGAACAUACAAGGAUAUAAGCCUAUUUCUAAACUUUGUAUGGUGAUAAAAGCACUAAAUAUCCGCCCUUCUGAUUUAUGAAUGUAACUUAAGAUAAUUUAACUAAUGUUGAGUUCAAUAUUGGUCCUCUCAGUGAACUCACGGGAAGACCUCCGGGAUAUUUUAGUUAAGUUUUUAGUUGUUUAAAUUAGUACAUAAGUUUUUAGUUGUUUAAAUUCGAUCUUAUUUUUUUUACAUAAGUUUUUAGUUGUUUAAAUUCGAUCUUAUUUUUUUUCAAUGUUUUUGGCCUUAAAUAGAAGAAGUAGUUUAGAAGAAACGGAGGGUAGCUGUUUACUACUAAACUGACUGCUGUAAUCAGAAUUAUAAGGUCUUCACUUUGAAAAGAUUGAACUUCAUAUAAACUCUAUUCUUAUGAGUUGAAGCCACAAAAAGCAUUUAAUUAGAACUCAAAAAAUGGAUCUUACUAUUUUUCAGCUUCGAAAAAAGUUUUCUUUUGUGAGAAAAAACAACAAAGUGGAGUCUUGUCCUCCAAGUGCUCUAUAUGGAACAAAUUCGAGGAAGAUUCUGGCAAAGCAUCUGGGAGAAACAAGGGUUGCAAUCAACCAGCUGAUAGAUCCACAUGGCGUUAGUUCUACUAAAAAAGCGCCCAACAGAAGCCGGAAUUUUGUCAUUUCAAAUAAGUUGACAGGACGCUUUAUAGACGCCAAGAGACCCGAAACUCUUUCAAUUACUGCAGAGGACGACAAGUGGCAUACAUUCCAAAUAAGAAUUACAUCAAAAGAACAAGCUGUCAAAAUCAUGAAGAAAAAUGGCAAACCUGCUAUCACGGUUGAAUUCCCUCGAGGGUGUGUAAUUGGUGAAAGAGUUAUCUCAAUGGAGUUCCUUGGAGUACGAGACAAGUACUUCGAAAUACAAAAGGACAAAAAGCUCGCGAACUCUCGAGGUUCAACCGGUGUUCCCACAUGUGAACGAAAAGGUAAAAUGCUAACAGAUAUUCUUCGCUUAAUACAGCCGACUGACUGCGAGUUUCUACGCCCUGUCAAAGUGAGUUUUCCAUUCUCGAAAACCCAAAAGCAUGAAUUUCUAAGACAUGAGUUUAAUCGAGAGAGUCUUCAAAAGCGCAUCGUCAUCGUUCAUUCGGGAGCUGUCGAAAUCAACACAACUGUAUUUUCUGAUAGUGGUUUGUUCCUGGACAUCAAUGAUUCGGUUGUGGCUGCUCUUGGCGUCAGAUCAAAAGCAGGUGAAUUCUUCACCGCGAAUGACGUUUAUUUGAAGGUUAUUCAAGAUAACACACAAGCUGUCACUGGUAACGAGUUUGAUCUCAAGAUAUCGUGUGGGAAAUUUGAAGAAGAAUUGGAUCGUAAAUCUUAUCUGCGAAAUUCUAACAAGUUUUAUACAAAACUUGACAAUAUACAAAAUGCAGAGAUGUUCAGAGCGGAACUAGAAGCCAUUGGUCCAUUCCUUCUCGACAAAGGAUGCAAGAAGCGAGAAGUUGAAAUGUUGUUCAAAAACAGCAUAUUCAGAGAAGUUGACCUGCAAUGCCAUUUUGUAGCAAAUACUUUCCCCAAGCCUAUAUUAAAAGUGAAAUCUAGCGCUUUUGGGGGUGCAAAAGAAGUAAAAUUUGAACUACUCAACCAAAAACAACUAGAUUCAUUGAAGGACCAGCAACCGCUCCCCAUGCCAAGUGUCUUUGCCGACGCUCUGACACGUAUUGGUUCCCAAUGGAUACCCUUCCUCCAAGAAAACAAAUUUGUUGAGGCUAAAGAAUGUCUAGUCAACUUCAUAUUGGAUGACAUUUUGAGCGAACUUGAAAACAUCAAAAGUCCUCUUACUUCGUCGCAAGAAACAGAGCUCAAGCAGUGCGUUCAACGUAACGUCAAUAAUCUCACAGAGGAGAAAAUUAAACCCAAUUUCUUCGAAGCUGUCAAUAUGGGACCAAAGUCGUCUGCCCUAACGCAUGAAAAUUUCUAUAAACUGGCUGUUUGUUUGAUGUACUCGCCACAACAAGUACUACAAACUGCAUUUAAAAGGUGUUUCGAACAAAAACAAACAUAUAGGCUCAAUGAAAAUGACUUUCCCAAGUCGUUCUUGAUCUGGCUCGGAAUUGAAAACAAGGACAAUCAAGAACCAAUGGAAAUUGUUUGCUCGACUUCGGCACAAUGAGAAGGCUAACGGUUGCCUUUAAACCCAAUCUACAUCAAAAUUUCAUCAAAACUUCAAAUUUGGUUAUUUUUCCUCACAAACCCCCCCCCCCCCC